CCCAUCAAAUGGAGAAUAGAGUACUCACACAAACCCUAACAUGAUUAAUAUGACUCUUCCUCUUCUUUGAUCUCCAUUUCUAUCCAGCUCAAAGCUUAGAGCUCCUCCAUUAGUUUAUAAUUUCUCGAGCAACAUGUUUCCUUUACAGCCCAACAACGAUCUGCCCUAUCUCCCACCGAAUCACUACCCGAUCCCAGAGGAUCGGAUCAUUCAUCAUGAUCAAGAUCUUCUUAGCCUUUGCAUCACCGACCGAAACGAUGAGAACAAGGGCUUAGACAAAUCUGUACUCAUAUCCUUUAGCAGAAGCCACAAAAGGGAUGCAGAUUGUGAUCCUCAGAAGAAGAUGCAUCGAGACAUUGAACGGCAGAGGCGGCAAGAGAUGAGCACGCUUUAUGCAUCUCUCAGAUCAUUACUCCCUCUCGAAUAUAUUAAGGGGAAGCGAGCGACAUCGGACCAUAUAAGCGGGGCCAUAAAUUACAUAAGCCAUCUUGAGAGGAAGAUCAAAGGGCUGGAAAGCAAAAGAGACGAAUUGAAGAGUGGUAAUCGGUCGGCGAGAGCUUUGAGUGUAAGGCCUUCUCUGGAUGGAGUGGAAAUAGUCAUCCAAAGCACCAAUUCCAGUGACCAAGACCAUGAUUUUCGCUUAUCAAAGGUGCUGCAACUCCUGCUCGAAGAAGGAAUUGGUGUAGCAAAUUGUCUUUCCACUAGAAGUAGUGAAAUGACAUUCAUCCACACCAUUCAAUCCGAGGUUUGCCAUGCCGGGUGCCUUGAUAUAGCUCGGCUGCAAUUGAAACUUGAUGAAGUGCUUAUGGACUACCGACUGAGUGAUAUAGUUUUUGCUAAUUGAUUGCUAUGAACAGCUUCAUUAUCCUUUCAGAUUUCCAUUAUCAUCAGACCUCUUGGACAAAGAAUUGUGUACGUAAUGUUUCUCCUGUGUGUACGAGGAGGAGGUUUUCAAUCCUACAAGACUUUGUUUUUAAAGAACUUUUGAAGGGUUUGUUCUCAAUUAGCUAGGUAGCAUUCAGGCUAAAUCAAUUUACAAUUAGUGCAUGCAAAUCGCUGUAAUAUUAUCUGGGUUAUCCCUAUCUAGUCUUGGAUUGUGUACAUAAACU